CUAGUUUUUAGAACACAGCCCACAACAUUUUCUCCUUCAGAAGUGUUUGGAGAGGCACACACACAUACACACACACACACACAUUGCAGUGAAGUAGAGAUGCUCACCUCCCGCUGUUUAUAUUUCCCUGACAUUCCAACAGAAGACAGCUGCAGGUGGAUAAAUGAACGAACAAUGCCAUCAUUGAGAAAGACGCUGCUGCUGAUGAUUUAUGUGUUAUGCGCGUUCCGCUCCGCGCGCUCGGGAGACUCUGGAGACGCCAGACCCUGCUCCGGAUCACACUGUCCGGGGCAUAGAACGCACAAACCGUCGCGACAACACAACCCGACGACACAUGGUAGAUCAAUAAAUCAACACCAUCCUCACUCAAGCUUUCCAUCAGAAAAUCACGCAACGCUUCUGUCCCAGCGCGGGCGGUCUGGAGACCAGACAAGGGAAAGCGUCCAGACGCGCGUGCCUGGAGGUUUUGUUCCUGUGUGCGCAGAUUGCGUUAGACCAGAUCAUGUAAAGAACGACACCGGUGAAUGUAAAGGAAUUGAGUGCCGUCUGCCUCUGAGGAUACGCAGACCCUGUGCUGGAGAAGGGUGUGUGCCCGGGACGAGCCAACCUCCCCUCGUCCAUGUGGCAGACAGAGCCGCUCAGUUUCUGGGGGAAUUUCCGGACAUUGGAUAUCCUGCAUCAGAGUCCGGGGCUCCUCUGGGAGUUCAGCUCACUUGUGACAUCAAACCAGGAGAGAAUGAAGUACCUGCAGAGGAUGCACUUAUCCUACAUCUACAGCUGGCGAAGGGACAAGAGAAGCUCGUGGAGGCUUUGAGAGCUCAGCAAGGGGUGAUUCGUGAUCUGCAGAAGAGGCUGGUGGACCAGCAGGAGACCCUUCUCUCCCAGCAGCGAGAGAUCCUCGACCAGCAGCGUCGCAUGUUUGAGCAGAUGGAUGUGGUGAAAGUUCAGUACGGUCUGCUUUCUGACACCAUCAAGCAAGUCUCUUUCCAAGGCCUGCAGGGAGAACUGCAAAGCUAUUUCGAAAGUCACCUGACGAGUCUUCAGAACCAAGCACGGAGUCAUCUGCAAAAAUCUUAUGCCGUGCAUAAGGUUGAUGUGGACGCCAAGGUGAUGAAUGUUGUUGGGGAUUCAGGGCACCCAUUGUUGGGCUGCCAAACGAUAUGUGGGCCUGAAGAAUUCUGCGACUUCCAGAAGGAUCAACCACAGUGUGAAAAGUGCACCGUGUGUCCACCUGGAUUCUUUCUGGUGUCACAGUGCUCGCCCACCGCUGAUAGGAUGUGCCAGGACAGGGAUGAGUGCCUAGAAUUACCAAGCUUGUGUGGAGAGCGAGUAAAAUGUCUCAAUACUCCAGGAGGGUUUCGUUGUCUUGGUGUCUCAGAGAGGGAGAUUUCCACAGGACUGUGUGGUCUUGAGUACUUCUACAAUCAAGAACUUCAGGAGUGCCAGGCUUGUUCAGAUUGCGAUGGUGAGCCGGUUGCCGUUCCCUGCACCUCCACCAGUGACGCUGUAUGUGGAAGUGUGUCUGAGAACAUGCUCUCAUUGUCUUGGGCUGCUUCAAUUAUCAUACCACCAAUUAAACUGAGGAGUACCUCCAUCUACCCAGGGCUACAGCUUAAAAUCCGUGGCAAAGAAGGAAACAACCUACUGAUUAACCAUGAUGAUUACCUCAACCUCCAACAACAUGGACUUGUCUGGAUAGAUUACAACUUUGCACUAAAGCACAGCUGCAGGAACUUUCUCCAGGUUGGGAUACGAAUAAACGGUAGUGAAGAGGAAGGACACGAUCUAAGCGGGGUUCGAAUUGAGCAACCUGAACGAAAGUUCUUCCAGGGUGUGACUGUAAGUGCUGCAGCCGAAGUGGAACCAAAUCAGAAUCUUACACUAGUUCUGAAGAGUCCUAACCAAUACUGCAAUCAGAGUAAAGAUAUCCAAGUCUACGAGCUUGGAGGUGCUUCGUUCAGCUUGCUCUGGCUUUCCCAUGACACUGGUGCUGUGGCCAUGACUGCUCAGAUGUCCACAGCAGCCCAUUACCAGAGUAACUACCGUCCAACUUUCCGUAUUUCCACUGUCUCUGAUCCCUACAUUGUGUCACUGACUCAUGACAGCCGUGGGGUGCGCUUCAUGGAGAGCGGUGUGGUGAAAUUUGUGCUCCAACAGGCUGUCUAUUCCAUGGGCCACACAUGUGUUCGAGAAGGUUUCUCACUGAUUGCAUAUGUCAGCCGAAAUGGCACUAACCAGGAGAUAUUGCGCUCUUUCAAGUCUGGUGUUAACUACAGGGACACCUCUAUCACUCUUUCUGGAGCCACAAGGGUAGACAGUGAAGACUGGCUCAAUUUUGAGAUUGUCGCUCCAUCUCAGUGCAAUGUCCGUUACUUUGGCGAUAGCUCUGGUAUUAGUAUGCUGAGCUUGAUCUGGAUCCCUACCACAGUGUCCUCCACAUUCACGGCCACUGUCUCUAGAACAGGUCUACCCACUGGGGCAGUUCGAAACAAACCCCUGUUCUUCAGGCAAAUGAGUCCAAAUACCGAGCAAAUGCGGUUAGCUGCAUCAAGUGAGCCAUAUGCUCAUAGGAACUUUUUGUUUACUGAGGUUGGGACAGUCAGUGUAGCCCUCAACCUAAAACUGAUUCAUUCCUGCAAUGUGGUAAAGCUGACCCUUUACCGGCAGAGUAUGGAUGGAGGUCAGCCUACACCAUUGAGCCAGCAAGUGGGUGGACAUAUGCCUGAAGGCAGUGAGUGGGCCAGCGUAGGGCUGAGAACUUCCUUCGAUGUUCAGAAUGGCACUGCCAUCUAUGUUUCCCUAGACUGUGUUCGUGGACGAAUCAACCAGAUUACCCAUGAGAGUGGGACCAACAUCUCCAUUCUUUGGAUGGCAUCAUAACAUACAAAGUAGAAACAGUUAUAUAUGGAAGGAUUAUGUAAAGGGUUAGUUCACCCAGAAAUGAAAACUAUGCUAUUAAUUAUUCAACCUGAUGUUGUUCCAACCCCCUGACACUCUUCAUCAGAAUACAAAUGAAGGUAUUUUAGAUUCAUUCUUGGAGCUAUCUCGUCCUCUAUUGACAGCAAUGGUUACAAGACCUUGAAAGGACCCAAAAACAUUGUCAAAACAUUCCAUGUGACGUCAGUGGUUCAACUGUAAUAUGAAGCUCCAAGAACUCUUUUGUGCACCAUGAAAACUGUAAAAACAACUUUGUUCUCCAGUGUCUUCUAUAUCAGAUCAGGGUGCACAUUUACUAUGGACAAAACCAUUAGUGUCGCGCUGCUGAAUGCUGAAAAUAUCCAAAAAAAUGUACAAAAAAAAGGCAGCUGUAGUUGCCAAACUUUACAUAAACUACCACAUUUAAUUAA